AGUUUUACCAGAGUCAGGUGUAAUAAACCAGCUGGACUUUACUCACAGAUUCUGCACAGUGCGCUCAACUCGUGAUGCACUGAGAAAUAUCGCUAGGCAUCUGUGAAUGGAGCGAGCCACACACUUUUCAGAGGUUGGUCUGUAAUAAAGGAUAGAGUGGCAGGGGAGAAAGAGGAAAUGGAAGUGAAGAGCAGCUUGCGGAGGGCCCAGUCUCUCAGGGCUGUGUCCACUGAUCAUGCCCUGUCCUGGAAAGAAGCUGGAGAUAGGAGGAAGUCUGUCUCACAGCUUGUGGCACAGUAUCAGAUCUCUACUGGGAGUAAAACAAAGGCUAUUGAGUCAGUGAAUAUCAAGCAUGAGCUGACUUUGCAGAUCACACCAAUCUCUGUUAAUAAGAAUGACAGCCAUGUUGAGACACUAUCGAGGAAGACUGAUACCAAAGAGAGAUCCACAGUCUCUCCGCUCACCCGCAGUAAAUCUAUGGAAAGUCUCCCUCAGCGUAAACCUGCAGGAACCACUGCUCUCAGGGCACUCUUUGAGUCAAAGGUCAUCACCCAGUCUAAAAGCAGCAACAUGGCACGUGAAUCGUUGGGCGCUGAGAAAGCCCAUGCUCGUCAUAAUAACAAUGAUGCUGAGGACAGAAAAUCACAAGCAGAGGCUGAGGUUAACAAAAGCCAUGACGAACAAGAGAAAAUUAUUGAAGAGGAUCAACUGAUUCCAAAGGGGGGAAGAACACACCCAAUAAAAUCCCGAUCUGAGAGAAGAAAGACAAUUUCUGGCAAUUAUACUGAAAAAAGAUCCUCCCCAGAGGAGGAUAAAAGAAGGUCGGUUGCAGACUUCAGAGACAGCUCGGCUCUCUACGGACAGGAGAAACCCUCUAUUUCCGUCAAAGCUUUGUCAGCACUAUAUCUGUCAAAAGUGGCAGCUGCAGAGCCAGCAGGAAACCCCUUAAAACCGGAACAGGAUCUCAAUUCUCCAACUGGAAAAAGGCCAAAUCCAAGCAAGUUUCAGCCAGCAGCUCAGGAAACAUGCUCAGCCUGUUUGAGACCAGUUUACCCAAUGGAAAGAAUGGCAGCUGACAAACUCAUUUUUCACAAAACCUGUUUCUGCUGCAAACACUGCAAAAAGAAACUGAGUCUUCAAAGCUACGCACCUCUCUACGGGGAAUUCUACUGUGUUUUCCACUAUCAGCAGCUGUUCAGACAGAAAGGCAACUAUGAUGAGGGCUUCGGCCAUCAACAACAUAAAGACCGUUGGCUACAGAGGAAUGGCACUGACAUCAUUUAGAGCCACUGAACAAGUAUAUGGUCCAUUGUCUUGACAUAACAGAUGGUCAGACGUUGGCAAAUGUGAAUGAUUUUCUGGUGUUUUUAUGAUUGUGGGACAUUUGAAUUAAAUUCAAAGAUUUAACAUCAACAUAACAGGUGAUUUCAUAAAAAAGUUUAUCUAUUCAUUUGUAUCACUCCAUAUAGUCUUAAAUGUUUAUGUUGUUAUGUCUGAGACCCUGAUAAUAACAGUGUUGGGUAUAAUCUGACUUCGAAGUAAUUAGUCACUGUAAACUAAUGACUUUUAGUCAAAAGUAGUGUAAUGAAUCACAUUUUAAUUUUUUAGUAAUUAGAUUACAGUUACUGAUUUUCAAUUAAGUUAAUUACUUUACAGUAUAUUCCUUGGGGUUACACAUUUCUAAAAUUGUAUUAUGUAGAAUUUGAAACAUAAAUUAUGUUCAUGUUUACAUUUCUUUGCAUUUCUAUGACAGCUGAAGGAUGUACGCCCCCUAAUAAUCAUUGUAAGGACUUGUGUUGCUGAGUGUAUGACUUGCGUGAAACAUUAUUUUGAAUUUGUUGAGCAAAAAAACAAACUUUUCAGUGAAGUGUUUUAGACCGUAACUUAAAAGUAAAGUAAUUUGGUUACUUUUCAAUUAAGUAAUCCAUAAGGUAAGUAGUAAUUAGAAAAAAAUAAGUAAUUAGUAAUUUGUAGUGGAUUGUUUUUUUUUUGAGUAACUUACCCAACUCUGCAUAAGAGAGUGUUUUAUAGCAUCAAUUCUAGGCAAAGUUCUACCCAAAGUACUAGCUUUGAUCCAAAAUAUUUUAAAUUUCUGGUUGCAUGUGUCUAAAUACAGUAAUUUUGAAAAAAUGUACAAAAACAGCAUGGGUGUCUAAAAUAAAUUAAAAUGUGCAUUUACUAUGA